UGUGUCUUCGAAGAGUUGGUGGUAGCAGAUGGUCUCGCGGACAGUCAUAAUUAUGAUUUUUCGAAACACGGGAGCACAUUAAAAAGUUCAUAUAAUGGCCCAGAACUAUCCGAUGUCCACUUACGGUGGCAAUGGACAUGGUGUCACUGGCCAAGAUUCCACGGGCCAUAGAGCGCAACAACAGAGUGGUGAAACAACAAGUGCUCGUAACAGUUUCUUCUCACAACUCCCGAGUCGCCAAUCUUCAGGCGGACUAGGAUCUUAUUCAAGCUCGACUAAAAGAAGCACCAAGAAGAAAAUGGCACAUCGAAGAACGUCGACACGGCGAAUGAGUGGUCUCGACAUCGAAAUGCAAAAGAUCGACCCGGACGCCGAUCUCAGCGAAAUCCACGAACAGCGGGCCAAACAACUACGUGAAAUGCCAGCGCCGCUGGGGAAAAAACGUGAACUCAGAGCCCAGUUUGAAGUUGCAACCCAAAAAACACUUUCAGGGUGUACACAAUGUAAAUAUAGUAUGGGUUUUAUGGAGUUAACAGAGCUGUUCUAUGGUUUCUACUAUAGCGAUGAUCUAAUUUUAGAAAUAGAAGGGGAAAAGAUUAAAUACAAUAUGCCAUUAGCAUAUCUUCUCGUCUGUGUUGCUUAUUUUAGUCUAAGUUUGGUCCUCAUGACUGAUUUGGAAGAAGAAAGACGUGCCUUAAGAAGAGCUGGUCGUACAGGAUGUCAGAAAUUUGGUCUUUAUACGAGUAGGUUUAUCAUUAAUAUUAUUGUUAUCAUCAUCCUAGCUGGUUCUGGAUAUCUUAUCUACUAUACAACUGACUUUGCUCUCCAGAAUAAAAAUAAUCCAGUCACAGAUAAUGAGAUGCUAUUGUUCUUGAUCAGCUAUUUACCAUCCAUAACCAUCACAGCACUUAAUAUAGUAGUGCCAAUGAUAUUUGUUGCAUUAAUCCGAUUUGAAGACUACAGCCCAGAGUUUGAAGUACAGUUCACAUUAUUCAGGACAGUGUUUCUGAGACUGGCAUCAUUGGCUGUUUUAAUUGCAUCUAUUUAUCCCCAAAUAGUAUGUGAUUCUGAAGAUCAAGAUACCUGUGGCGUUUGUCAACCCAGUAACUUACAGUGUUGGGAGACUUAUGUUGGACAGGAAUUGUACAAAUUGGCUAUAACUGAUUUCUUUGUAGUUGGCGGUACUAUAUUAUUUGUUGAGUUUCCAAGAAAAUUUCUUGUAACGAAAUGCAUCUGUGGAGUAACCAAAGCGAUUGGACAGCAAGAAUUUGAGAUUACCAAGAAUGUACUGGAUAUUAUUUACUCUCAAACAAUCUGCUGGCUUGGUGCAUUCUUCAGUCCUUUGUUACCUGCUAUCUGUGUGAUGAAAUCAUUCAUCUUCUUCUACUUGAAGAAAUGGAGUUUGAUCUACAACUUUCUUCCACCAUCGAGACCGUAUCGAGCAUCCAAAUCUAAUACUUUCUUUAUGGUGGUCUUAUUGAUUGCAUUCUUGUUGUGUCUGCUGCCAAUUGGAUUCAGUAUAAUGCAAAUUGAACCAUCACGUGCCUGUGGCCCAUUCCGCAACCAAACAACCAUGUGGACGACAGUAACUAACAACGUUGCCACAUGGCCGCAGUGGAUGCAAGAUAUUAUUAAUUUCAUCUUUUCAGCUGGUUUUGCUGUGCCUUUCCUUGUGAUACUCUGUCUGGCUUUGUAUUACUAUCACUCGAUAGCAAGUGCACACAGGGAAAUGGUUAUCAGACUGAAAGAGCAGUUGGUCAUGGAAGGACGUGACAAACACUUCCUGCUGGCAAGAUUACAAGAACUUGAUCCCCAGCAUGGCAAAGGACAUAAGAAGAAAGCCGACAGACCACCACCUGAUCAGCCAGGUACUGCAUGGGGUGGUGAGAUGACACCGACAUCACCCGGCAUGGCACAUCCCAAUGUACCGCUUAUAAAUGAUGAGAGAUUUUGAUCUGACAGUGUGCUUUUUUUUUAUACUUUAAAAAAUACAACAGAGAGGCUAUAUACCUGAAAUAUUGGAUAAUUGAUAUUAAAAAAAAAAUAGUCACCAUAUUAGAGUAAGAGUACCGUAGGUCUUCAGUGCUUGUAUAGGUCACAUUACCAAUUAUAGGAAACAUAUAAGGUCACCAACAACAGGGAUACAAGUAAUAUAUGCAGUAUACCACUACCACCCCCUCCUUUUAAAUUGCUAGUACCCUUUUUAAAAAAUUAGAAAAUGCUUGAACAUUAAUUUGUAUCUUUGUGUUCAUUCAUAACCCAAAAUAUACAAAUUCCAUGUAUUUGCCCUAAAGCCAUUGUGGAUUGUAGCCCCAUUCAUUGUAUUGAGAUAAAACUUACUUGAGGCCAUACUUUAAUUAUCUUACAGUAUUUCAGCCAUAUAAUACAUUACAGUAGUGAAAGCUAACAGGGUUCAGCUUAUAAGUGUAAAACGUGCACUGUCUCGUUGGUAUAAGCUUAGUUGUGUGUUUUUCUGGUGGCAGGUUACUGAAUAGCAACAGGUUCUCUGUACCAAACAAUCAUUCCAACACAGCAUUAUUUAAUGUAGUAGAAGAUUUUUUAGACAUGUCAAUCUGGUCAUAUAAGCAAUGUGUAUAACAGUAUUACAUACUAGCAGGUGUAAAUUCAUAACGUGUAUUUACAGUGUUACAUUCCAGAUAUCUAGUAUACGAUAUAUAUUUAUAUACAAGACGAUACAUAGAAAUGCAUUAAAGCGUAAAUCAAAAGCACAUUAUAGAAACAGUGCCUAAUGCUAUGGUGCCUUUGCAAUGAAUUUUUAUUUUUCAUUUAUUUAACAAAAACCAUGCUUUCAUCUAUGGUGAUGGGGUUUUUUUAAUUUGUCUCCUAUAAUAGGAAUACUGUCUAUGUUUACUAGACAUAUUGUAAUGUUACACUAACAUUAUUUCAGCUUGUUUGUACAUCUCAAAACAGUCUACUAAUCUCCUUUUAGAGUUGAACUUUUAGUGAAGAUAUUUUGUCAUUUUUGGUGAAAAUUCUAUUUUCGACUUCUUCUUGAAAACCGCUACUCCAAUUGCUUUCAUACUUAGUAUAUGUGUACCUGUGCAGACUUAGAUUUAAUAGUUUAUUUUGUGACAUCAGAGUAACACUCCACUAAUUCAGACAACUCCUUCAAGCAGAGUUGUUGAAUCCAAUACUAGGGUACUGUUAAUAAUCACAACAUACAUGUUGCUUAUUAUAAAAUGUAAACAAAGACACGGUUUCUUGAUCUAAAAUAUUCAUGUAACUAUGUAUGACCUUAUUAGUGCAAGACUCUGCUAAAACAGGGGAGCUAUUUUGGCUGUCAGGUUUAAUUCAAACUAGACUACAUUAUUUACAUACUGUAAAAGGAUUAAUUAUUCACUGGGUUUUAAUUUAGCUUAUUUCGCUGACUGGAAAAAUGCGCUAAAUUAAAACCCAGUGAAUAUGUAAAAUUUAGCAUAGAACACAUUAUCUAAAUGACGAAACUGUGAAUUUAAAACCCACUGAAUAUGCCUGAAAUGGUAAAUCAGCGAAAUUUAAACCCAGUGAAAAUUAGUCAUUUUACAGUACACAUCUUGCAUAUUGUGUAUACCAUAUCUGUCUUAUUAGUAGUGCAUUUGUUUAUGUAAAUGACAGCCGUAUCUGGUAAAAUAAGUUAUACAUGAUCUAAUUUUUUGUUUAACAUCUUCUUCUAUUGGAUAUGUGCUUCUAAUAGAACAAAUAUGGUAU